UGAGGGAAGGUGGCACCAUGUCCGGCCGCGAAGGUGGCAAGAAGAAGCCCUUGAGGCAGCCCAAGAAGCAGGCCAAGGAGAUGGGCGAGGAAGAUAAGGCAUUCAAGCAGAAGCAGAAAGAGGAGCAGAAGAAGCUCGAGGAGCUAAAAGCGAAGGCUGCAGGGAAAGACCCCUUGGCCACAGGUGGAAUUAAGAAAUCUGGCAAAAAGUAAGAUGUUCCUUGUGCCUGAGACAA